CAGAGCUCUCGGAACGGUUAUACUACUGAUUCUAAUAAAACCCAAUAGAACAUUUUGAAAAUGGAAGGCAAAAAUAUUGAAUAUAAUGCGGACGAACUUCAGGCGCCAGCUUGGCUAAAUGCUCAGUUUAUCGGUGAUAUUCUGAGAGAGUACGAGCAACUCCCGGAUCUUAAAGUAACCGAUCUGCAGGUAUCACCCGCCACUGCCCAGGGAGAUCACUAUGCCAGCGUUAUGUUCCGCACCAAAGUGGAGUACACAACACCUAAGGGAAAGUUCUUCAAGCCACUGAUCAUCAAAACUAUGCCAGAGCAGGAAGGACAUAAAAAGGACAUGCUGUCCGAAUCGCAUUUAUUCGAAACGGAAAUCGGAAUGUACUGCCAUGCCCUUCCAGAGUUCGAAAGGAUCCUCCGAGAAGCAGGGGACAAUACCAAACUGUUUGUGCCCUGCAUUUAUCACAGCUUGAAGCCGCGGCAAGUGAUGAUAUUCGAGGAUCUGGUUCCGCAGGGGUACACCGUCAUCCGCGAUAGCCCGCCCUCACUGGGGGAUUUGAAAUUGGCCUUCGACAAGCUGGCCAAGUGGCAUGCGGUCAGCAUGAAAGUCAUCAAUGAGCAACCAUACUUCCUAAAGGAAUUUCAGUAUGGCUUAUUCGAAAUGCCCACAAUCGAUACUGAUCCUUUUAUAACAACAGGCAUGACAAACUUUAUUGAAAUGCUGGACAAAAUGCCGGAACUAAGAAAGUAUAAACAUCAUUUUGAAAAGAUUAAAGAUAAUUACAUGCAACGCCUAGAGGUUGAGAUGCAUGAAUAUCACAAAUAUCGGCGAAACGAUCGGUACUACGUCCUGUGUCACGGUGACUUCCAUCUUCGCAAUAUGAUGUUUAGACACAAUAAGGAGUUGGGAGCCUACGAUGACGUGAUGUUAGUCGACUUUCAAUUGAGCAAUCUGUGCCCCAUUACAGUGGACUUGACAUACUCCGUAUAUAUGCUGAUGGAGCCGGAACAGCGCUGGGAAAUGGGAGAGAACUUGAUCAAUGAAUAUUUUUCGGUUUUGGUAGCCACCCUCAGGAAAAUUGGAUACAAGGGGGAUAUGCCUACCCAAAGAGAAUUGUGGGAGCAAAUACAAAAUAACAAGUAUUAUGAUUUCUUUCUGAUAAGCACCUUUCUUCCUAUAAUGGUGGGCGUUAAAUCAAAUGAUUUGAAAAUGCAUGAGGCACUCCAAGAUUCCCAGGCCCGACUGAAGUCCUACUUCCUAGACGACUAUGUUCAAGAUGUCUAUAAGCUUUUGACCAAGUAUGAACAACUAGGAUACUUUAAGGAUCUAUAAUGUAAUUAAUGAUUUAUGUAAUAGGAAUUUCAAUAAACUAGCAAUACAAAUUCACCUUU